UCAUAUAAAAAAUUAUAGACUCGUUCGUUCACCUGCUGUGUUAAACCCUAAUUAUCGAUUCAUCCUUCUCCUCUCACACUAAAGACUAAAUUCGAUUUAAUCGAUCCACUUUUCAUUUAUAAUCCAGAACCUGAACUUUGACUCUAAAUAGUAAUUGUUCUUGCAAGAUCUUGUCCUCCGCGAUUGUGGCGCAUGGGGAUUGAUUUCUAUUCCGGUCAAGGCUGGCGGGUAUACGGGUCAAUUAAAUGGCGGAUACGCCUAGUGUCCGCCCUAGAGUGAGAAUUGGUGGAUUUGGUGUAUGUUUGGAGCUGUUAUCGUUGGUGGCUUCCAUAAGUUUACAGUUUGGUGACGAUAGAUAAGAGCGAAGUAUGCUGAACGUGCUACGGGUGCACCUCCCCUCAGAUAUACCUAUUGUUGGCUGUGAGCUUACGCCGUACGUGCUUCUACGGAGACCCGACAACACUGCCACUACUGAAGAUGUUCCUGAGUCAGCCCCAAUUGACCGUCAUUUCUUGAGAUACAAUUGGUAUCGUAUUCAGAGUGAUAAAAAAGUUGCUAUCUGUAGUGUACAUCCAUCCGAGCAAGCCACGUUGCAAUGUCUAGGUUGUAUUAAGGCCAAAGUACCUGUUGCGAAAAGUUACCAUUGUUCUCCCAAGUGUUUCUCAGAUGCAUGGCAGUAUCAUCGUACUCUGCAUGACCGUCCUGCCAGUGCUGCAAAUGAUAAUGGAAAUGAGGAAGAAGAGAUGUUUGGGCGUUUUAAUAGUGGUUCUUCUAUCAGUUCCAGUUUAUCUGGUUCUGCAUCUGGCACUAGUUUGACCAAUGGCUCUACAGCUUUGUAUCCUUCAGCUGUUCCACAAAAGAAUGGUAGUGAAACUUGGUUUGAAAUUGGACAUUCUAAAACAUAUACCCCAAGUGCUGAUGAUAUUGGCCAUGUCCUCAAGUUUGAGUGUGUUGUAGUGGAUGUAGAAACUAAAUUGCCCGUUGGAUAUGUCAACACUAUAUUAACCUCUCGUGUCAUUCCGGCUCCUUCUCCUAGUCCGCGUCACUUGAUCCCGGUAAGUGGAGUUGAUGUGCUGGGUCAUUUGGAUUCAGAUGGCCGCAUUUCUUCAUCAGGAACUUUUACAGUGCUCUCAUAUAACAUUUUGUCUGAUGCAUAUGCCAUAAGCGAGGCAUACAGUUAUUGCCCUUCAUGGGCUUUCUCUUGGCCAUAUCGCAGACAGAAUUUGUUGCGUGAAAUUGUUGGUUAUCGUGCGGACAUCAUUUGUCUUCAGGAGGUCCAAAGUGAUCAUUUUGACGAAUUUUUUUCCCCGGAACUGGAAAAGCAUGGUUACCAAGCUUUAUACAAGAGGAAAACAAAUGAGGUCUACACUGGAAACCCUCAUACAAUUGAUGGUUGUGCAACAUUUUUCCGUGGAGAGAGAUUUACACAUGUCAAAAAAUACGAGGUUGAAUUUAAUAAGGCUGCCCAGUCUUUGACUGAGGCUCUGGUUCCAAGUUCUCAAAAGAAAACUGCUUUGAAUCGGUUGGUUAAGGAUAAUGUUGCAUUGAUAGUGGUUCUGGAAGCAAAGUUUAGUAAUCAAGGACCUGAUAACCCUGGAAAAAGGCAGCUUCUCUGUGUGGCAAAUACACAUGUAAAUGUCCAUCAUGAGUUAAAGGAUGUCAAGCUUUGGCAGGUACAUACUCUUUUGAAGGGGUUGGAGAAAAUUGCUGCCAGUGCAGACAUUCCAAUGUUGGUGUGUGGGGACUUCAAUUCAGUUCCGGGAAGUGCGCCUCAUGCCCUUCUCGCUAUGGGGAAGGUAGAUCCAUUACAUCCUGAUCUGGUAGUGGACCCUCUUGGUAUCUUGCGUCCUCACAACAAAUUGACACAUCAGCUGCCACUGGUAAGUGCUUAUUCAUCCUUUGCAAGAAUCGGGGUUGGUCUUGGUCCGGAGCAGCAUAGGAGGAGAAUGGACCCCACUACAAACGAACCUCUUUUUACUAAUUGCACCAGGGAUUUUAUUGGCACCCUGGAUUACAUAUUUUACACAGCGGACUCCUUAACAGUGGAGUCCUUGCUAGAACUCUUGGAUGAGGAUAACUUGAGGAAAGACACAGCACUUCCUUCUCCAGAGUGGUCUUCGGAUCAUAUAGCGCUUUUUGCGGAGUUUCGUUGCAAGCCUAGACCUAGACGUUGACAUCCUGGGUGGAGGAUAUGCUAAAGAAAUAUGGCUGGGAUUAGAUGGGAGACAAAAAUAGUUCAUUUAAGAAGGGUAGAUGGUGUUUCCUGGGAUCUCCAUUGCGAAUGUUGUUGCGGUCUGCUGUGAAUCAUGCCGCCUCUGUUUCAUAGGAAACUCGAUCCAAUAUCCUACCUCCCCCCUCCCGUUUUUCCAGUAGAAAUGUCCAGCUCAGUUCAAGCCGUACCAGAGUUUCUGAAAAUCAAGUGCUCUAUCUGGUGGCAUGCUAUUGAAAGUAUGCUCUCUUUGUAUUCUAUUUGUAUCAGUCCAUGCUUCCUGUGAUUCGAUCCCAUUCCCUUUUCUCUGA